AUGGGUUUUCCGGAAAAUGGUGAUUUAAUCAUUGUCACCGAGCGACAAAACCAGACGGACAUCUGUACUCUAGCCCGGAUCUGUGGUCAUGCACAGGGCGUACAAAUAGUCAUGCAUGGGCCAACAGUCACUGUGGAAUUCCAAAGCAAUGGGGAUCUGUUCAAAGGGCAGGGAUUUCAAGCUUCCUAUGAAUUUGUCCAUCGAACUCAGGUGCAGUCAUCACCCUACCUUUCCGCUGCUUCGCAAUUUUUGGAGGAGAGGCAACAACGAGAUCAUUCCUACAUCAAUCCCUGGGCGGCUGAUGACAAUUCACCGCAAAUUGGACAGAGUGAAGGUGAGUGA